AUGACGAAAGACUGGGACCUGGUACAAGAUGAGAUCAAAGAUCUCUCCUUCAAUCAAAAAAGGCCAUUGGAAGAGGUGAUGAGGUUGAUGGAAAGCAAAUACAGAUUUCAAGCUUCUAUCCGAGCGUAUCGCAUGAAACUCAAAGAAUGGGGCCUUAUGAGGCACAGGCCACGAAAAACUCACCGCAAAGUAAAGCAUUCGGGCAGACACAGGUCAAAACAAAGCGAUCAUGGCGAUGGAGAAUCAAGUGAUACGGUAGAAUCCAUGUCUGUUGAACCGCAAGCUGGAGAAGGUCAUGAAAAAACUGGUGACUGGCAGGCUAUCGUCAAUCUGGUUGACGAUACCACUGGCACACUUGCGGAGCCAAUCCAUAUGGGAUUGUUAGGCCAAACACAAAACCUUCGGUCAUCCAUCGAGACGGAGCUCCAAAAACCCAUGCAAGCGUCAGAUAUAUCCCUCGAUAUGAUCGGUGCGAUACUGGAAAACAAUGUACAGGAUCUUGAGAAACUUGUGGUUGCCAACGCCGAUCGAGUUAAUGAUCCUAUCGGUCUUCCGUUCGAUCAGCCUGGUAGCCGCUUCUUCACUCAUCCAGCGCUGAGCAAGAUGACUAUUCGGCAGCACCCAGGCCAAACCUUGUUCGAUGUCGCCUGUGGUAUGCCUAGCGGUCCAGUUAUCUGGAUGCUGAUUGCAUACGGUGCAAAAGGUACCAGAAAUCCAUUUGGGACAGACUCAGCUCUCUACAACGCCAUCAAGAACGGGAGAACGAAGACUGUCCAAGCGUUGCUCCAGUCAGGUCGCUCAGAUGUCAACGGACUACCUGGCACGGUCUCGCAACCGCUUUACGAGGCUGUCUUUUGGAACGUACCCGAAAUCGUACGCAUCCUUAUUAGUCGAGGCGCCAGAUUAGAAAAUUCUAGUCAUUCGGUUGGCGGUCCUAGUCUCCAAAAUGCGUUGCAGUUGUGCUUGUUGAACCGCGCUAGGUUCUAUGCAGAUACUUCAUAUCGGGAAAAGUGUCAUGCAAUUCUACGUCAGCUGAUUGACGUUGGAGCGGACGUUCAUUCCGCCCCUCCGGACCCUGCGAUGCGAUCAAACUUCCACAUGUUCACCGAACCGUGGCAGGACCGUCCCUAUUGGGCUUUAGAAUUUUCAGAAACCGAAACUGCAUGCUUCCGUCUGUUUGCGAGUAAGGGAGUGGACCUCGAAACAACAUUCAAAGGAUGUCCCUGUGGAUCUGCCGACCAGAAUACCUUUCAACACCAGGCGCUGUGGCAUUCAACUCCAAGUUUUGCACAGUCACUCGUCGACAGUUUCGUUUGCACGCCUCUAAAUGAUGGUAUGGGCCUCCUCUCUGAAGUCCUUGGCUCGUGCCCAAACGCGAAACGACAUCCUGCCUACACGCAGCGCGACAUUCAGGUGCUUCUUGGCAAAGGUGUGAGUCCGAACGGUACAGGGCGAGAUAAUUCCAGCCCGCUCCAGGUUUGCCUCUCGACAUCUCCUGCUACUGAUGUUGUUUCUCGUCUGCAAGUGCUUCUUGCUCAUGGCGCAGAUCCAGAAGCCAGAGACAAAAAUAUGGUUCAGGCUUAUGUUCUUGCAUCUGAAAUCUUUCAAGAGCCACUGCGCUCAGAAGUAAUAUCAGUAUUAGUCGCAAACAUGUCCGGAAAAUAUGUCAAUCAAAUUGACGACGUGUCGUACUCGUGGUCCAAGGAUCACUUUCCAAUACCAAAAACUCCGACGUACGAACAGGUCAUCGCGUGCACAGACGGAAAGAGUAGUUUUGCACAAGACAUGUAUUACAUGGUACCUGAGCGAGCACAGGGAGAGUUCCGGACGGCAUACUUCACAGUCAUCAGUGGCUAUUUCCUCGAAUCUGUGGACCAACCAGCAAAGGCAGACUUUCCGCCUACGAAAGAAGAGCACCAAACAGCAAGGAUUUUAUCUUUGCGUGAAUUCGGUCUACCCAAAGUCAAGUUUCAACAGGAUCUCAUGGAUACCAUUCUCAAGGCAUCUUCACUCCCAGAUAUACCUGGCCUAGAUGACGUUGCUUUGCUGCGUAGCCCGAUGAACUCCAACACGACUCACACAACUGAAAGUUCCUCAUUCUCGAGCGAUACAACUAUGACGACUAUUACGCCCGCUGAAGCUCUUCUAUCUUUCCAGUUUAGCAUGAACGAUCCGACGAGUUUUCAACAAUGGGAUGACGACUUUUUCAUCGCAGAAACACUGUUAGAUUUGUCAUGGGACAAGCCUUAG